UGUGGAUAGGAAAUGACUCAUAGGACUGGAGCUGUGCGUGCGCGUGCGUGUGCGUGUGCGUGUAGUCAGUGAGCGUGGGUGUGUGCUCUCUUGUGUUAAAAACACGCAGCACAGUGGUCCCGGUGGCUCACUCCUCUGAUGCUCACUUUUCGAUGCUUUUGUCCUUUAUCAAUUUUCUUUUUAAAUAUUCAUUUUAAUUAUUUAAAAAUUUUGGAGGGAUUUAUUGUGUAGUGAGGGUCACGUGAUGGACGCUCACGCGCUCUGCUGCGCCGUUUGUGGACUUUUCGUGGCGUUUGUCGUCCACGGUAUUAACGCACAAAAAAGUCAGUGCGGCAGCUUAGAAUUCUGGAACUCUGACCUGGAUGCUUGCAUGCAGUGUGCAUCGUGUAAGCAGUACCCUAAGACGCCGUCAUGCAACACAUGUAAAUCAGUGGAGGAGACGUCGGACGUGUGGAAGCUAGCGGCCAUCACCAGCUUCUCGGUGUUGGCCGUGGUCCUGGUGGGCGCGGCCCUCAUCAUCGGGGUCAUGGUGCAUCGACGCAAGUCACGCAAACUUCCUCUACGUGAGCCAAUAGAGGAAACAGCGGGGCCACUUUAUCAAGCUUAAACAUAUCACCUCUGGAAACACCCGUGACUCAAGCAAGAAGCGACUGAGGCUGAGAGGUCGACCCUCUGGACCGUGACCUGCGUUCUCUGACAAGUAUUUAAGUGUUGAGCAGGACCAAGCUCUCGCACAAUUUACAACUUUAAUCAAACUCUCAUGAUCCCCUUGGGACUGACGGACUGUUGGGAGCGCCGAGGUGUCUCCCUGCUGGGCCGCUACGGCAGGUGCCUCCCUGCCGGGCUGCUAGGUGGCGCUCAGCCUUCUUAAAGAAGUCGCUUCUCCGCAGAUGAAUGUAGCUAACAGGCAAGGACUCUGCUCACCGUUUGGCACAAGAAUGCGUUUGAAUGUAGCGCGUGUUCAGGACAAGUCAUUGGUGCACUGUGUCCUCAUGUCCUGACACCCUUCUUCUUCUGUCUUUGUUCAUCUUUAUAACACUAAUGACUCACCUCACCAUGACUGUAGGGCCACACUGACAAAGGGGAACCUAUAGAAAAUAGUGCGGAUUUGACCCAAAAUAACUGCAGUAUUUCAUAAAUUAAAAUCAUCAUUCAAAUGUUGCCGCCGCCAAAGAGAAUUGCUUAUAUAUACAGAAUAAAACUACAAUUUUUCAAGACAAAAGUUGGAAUAAUAGAAGAAAAAGCAGUAAUAAAAUUGUGCUUUUAAAAAUAUUACGUGGCCAUUUUUAUUUUUCAGUGUUACAAAAAUAACAUUUUAGUUUUGAAAUAAAGGACAAAAUAAUGCAGUUUGCAAUAGUAGUUAUGCAAUAAUUGAAAGUGUUUUUCCUCAAAACUAAAAAAAAAAAAGACAACUAUAGAAAUAAGUUUUAAAACAUUUAUUUAUAUAUAUAGUAUAUUUUUAUUUUCCUAAUUUUACAGAAAACAAUUGCUGUAUUGCAAGUAUAAAGUUGAGAUUUUUUAUAUUACAAUGAAGAACAGCAGCAAUACAAUUGUAUUUUUUUUUUAAAGAAAUGUUGCAAUGUUGAAAGUAUUACAACUUGUAAACUUGUACUACAAAGGGACUUUUUUUUUUUUAAAGCAAAAAGUACAACAUAAGAACACUUAAUGUUACCAUUGGUGGUUUAACAGAAUACAUUGUUUAAUAUUUGCGUUCAUAUUUUUUACAUUGACAAAUCAGAUUGAAAACCAAUUGCUUGUAGUUCCGAGAAAUGUGUUUGGUGUUGAGGCGUAUCCCUCACCGCUGUCUCGCCACAUGUACAACAUUUCUAAAUGAAGGGGGAAAAGUUGCAAUAUUUCAAGAAUAACAAAAACUAACUUCAGUAAAUAAAGUCAAGAUUUGGGACAAUACGAUAAAAAUAUGUUAUCGAUAUAAAGAACGGUAAAACCUUAAAGACACAAAUUGACAUGAAUAAAGUCAAUAUGAGGACAAAAAAGUGUAUUAUUGCCAAAAUAAUAUUAAAGAUACUCAAGUGAGUGAACGCUGAAAUGAAGAAUUAAGAAUGUAGCUGCUCUACCUAGUGGUGAAGUUGGGGAUUGCUACAUUUUGCCUCCUUUUGUUCUUGUCAGUAAGGGCUUGAUGCUCUUUUGUUGUCUUAAAAUCUGCACAAAAGGUUAUGGAAUUGACACUACAUUGUUAUAAAUAUUCUUAUGUGCAUUGUCAGCACAUUUCAAUGAAGGGACGGACUUCCAGUGAAGAUUCCAUUUUGUUACAGCCCAGCUCGUUGUGAUUUUGUACUAACGCCUUCUUCCUAACACUCUUUGUGUUGCCAUUUCUAAAUGUAUAUAAAGUACUGUACAUGCACUGGCUUGUUUGACCUACUAUUGCUUUUAGUACCAAAUGUAUUUUCACAAUAAAAGUGUCAACCAUG